GUCGACUACAUCGUACGGAUUACUCCGUAAUUAACAAAUCAGCGGCAGUCUUUCUUUUCCUCUCUACAGUGGUUGAGACUUGAGUUGAGAGCACUCAAUUUUUCUGCUUUUUUAUACUUGGAUUUAUCUUCCCAAAUGCGAGACCAACUCGCUGCAAUUUUCGGACUCACCGAAGCGAACUUUGAUUCUUUGUCUAUUUUCCGCAUCUGGAAAUGUUUCAGAUUAUUGAUUUCAUUGGCAAAUUGCAUGAGUUUAUAAAACUUUGUCUGAAGCUCAUCUUCAGCCAAGCUAAGAUUUUCUUCUAAACCCUGAAGUUUUUUUUUUUGCUAUAGAGCGUGCUAUAGUUGGACCUUGAGGUUUUCGUUGCUGUAGUGUGCCAUCGUUGGACCUUGGCCACUUGCUUGGAGUGCAGAGAUGUCACUUUUGUCAAAGCUACGUUGCAUAACUGUAGAUGUUACUGGUACUCUCUUAGCUUACAAAGGGGAGCUCGGGGAUUACUAUUGCAUGGCCGCCAAAGCUGUAGGAUUGCCAUGUCCUGACUACAAACGCAUGCACGAAGGCUUCAAACAUGCUUAUACUGAAAUGGCCACUAAUUAUCCUUGCUUUGGGCAUGCUGCAAAGAUGCCCAAUAUUGUUUGGUGGAAGACAUGUGUCCGUGACUCCUUCAUAAGGGCUGGAUAUGACUAUGACGAAGAGACAUUUGAGAAAAUAUUCAGACGCAUAUAUGCGUCAUUUGGCUCAUCUGCACCUUACGUUCUCUUCCCCGACUCAGUUCCUUUCCUCAGAUGGGUCCGUUCACAAGGUAUUCCGGUUGGGCUUGUGAGCAAUGCAGAAUACCGUUAUCAAGAUGUAAUCCUUCCUGCCUUAGGCGUAAAUCAGGGUUCUGAAUGGGAUUUUGGAGUGUUCUCUGGAAUUGAAGGUGUAGAAAAACCAAAUCCAAGGAUUUAUGAGAUGGCAUUAGAGAGGGCUGGAAAUUUUGCUCCUGAAGAAACUUUACACAUUGGAGAUAGCUUCCGUAAGGAUUAUCUUCCGGCAAAGAGUUUGGGCAUGCAUGCAUUAUUACUUGAUAGGUUUAAGACUCCGGAUGCCGAUAAUUGGAGAAAAGCUGGAGCACCUGUUUUUCCAGAUUUGGCGUCCGUGCAAGAUCUUCUAAAUUCUGGUAACAUUGACUUGCUGAAAGAACUUUAACUUGAGUUUCUUAGAUCUUCAUUUGACCUGCCUUCAUUGUCUGAUUUGAUUUAAUUGGAGAGCUUAUCAUCUGCACCUGCCCUAAUCAUGUUGUAUGUCAUAGAAAGCAAAUGUACUUGUUAUUAUGUUCAUUGUAUAAGAAGCAUAUCGCUUAUUAAUUAAUUAUGAUCUCUUGUGUCUUCUAUAAAUGAAAGUGUUGUUGAUGAA